CGAGUCCCUAACGAGGCCGAGGGCACUCCCAGGGAGAUCGAGAGAUUCCCAGGACGAGCCCUUCCUCUGAGUAGCUCCGGGCACGAGCCUCCAUCGUCUUCGUUUUAAUUAACCCAGUGAACCAGCAUCUACCUUUCAAAGGAAUCUGAGGGCGAUGCUCCUGCCAAGUCGCGACCAAGUCCCCGUGACGCUCAGGAACGUGGGCCAGGCUCUGUGUAGGUUGAGGAAGCCCGAGGAGAGCAAAGAUUAUAGGGAGGGUCUGCCUGUCUUUACAAGGGCUUGUUUUGCGUCCUGAAAUCUCAGAUUCAGCUACUACAAUGAGGUCCUGUUAUAGAGAGAGCUGGCCUUUUAUCACCACUUAAAAUCUAAUUAAUCCAUAUUGAAGCACAAAGAUUUCUGUUGUCCUAAGGGUGAGGGGUCAUAGAGGCUCCUUUGUUCAUCCUUAGCUUUAGAAUCAUCAGGCAUUGGGGAUAUAAUUUUACCAAGCGAGUCGGAAGGCAACGGGUCAAACCCUUAUCGGAAAGCCUAACUCGUAGUUUUCACAGAGCCCUUCGUUCUUUACAUGAAAUAUUAUAUUCGAGAGGAACAAAAACACAUUUCAGAGUGCCCAAGGAGUGAACGGCCAAAGCUUAUAUGCCAGGCAGCAUCGAGCCACCAUCGCCACAGCACUGCCCGCCACCAAGGCCAGCGCUCCCAUAGGGGAGGCCGGUCGCCAGGCCGGCUGCAAUGGCGUUAGUCUUGAGAGUAGUAAUGCAACUUGUUGGGCUGUUAUUAUCUCUGCUGGGAUGGGUUUUGUCCAUUGUUACAACCUACCUGCCACAUUGGAAAAACCUCAACCUGGAAUUAAAUGAAAUGGAAAACUGGACCAUGGGACUCUGGCAAGCCUGCGUCAUCCAGGAGGAAGGCGGGAUGGAGUGCAAGGACUUCGACUCUUUCCUGGCUCUGCCGGCCGAGCUCAGGGUCUCCCGGAUUUUAAUGUUCCUGUCCAACGGGCUGGGGUUUCUGGGCCUGCUGCUCUCUGGGUUUGGGCUGGACUGCCUGAGAAUCGGAGAGGGGCUGCGGGAGCGCAAGAAGCGACUGCUGAUCCUGGGAGGAGCCCUGCUCUGGAUGGCAGGCGCGGCGGCCCUGGUGCCGGUGUCCUGGGUCGCCCACGUGACCGUGCGGGAGUUCUGGGACGAGACCAUCCCAGAGAUUGUGCCCCGCUGGGAGUUUGGGGAAGCCCUCUUCAUCGGCUGGUUUGCCGGGUCGGCCCUCCUCCUGGGGGGGUGCCUGCUGAACGGGGCCGCCUGCUGCACCCAAGCUCCUCUGGCUUCGGGCCACUACACGGUGGCAGAAACACAAAGUCAGUGUGCCUACCUGGAAAAUGGGACUGCAGAUCCGAAAGUGUGACUUUGACAAGACCGGAGAGAUGUAUAUUCUGCAGGGACAGAGCUGUAGGGGUCUGCACGAGCAGGGGGCCUUUGUUAUGGAACUCAAUCUGUGGGGCUCACAUGUUCUCACUUAGUAAUUACUUUUCUACCCUAGAUCCUCCCUCCUCCCAAAAAUCUGGAGAAGGGGCUGUCUUAUAUCUAAAAGAAAAUUACUAUGCUAAGGAUUACAUAGGUAUGAGCAAAAAAAUGUCAUAGGCCUGGUUAUUUAAAUCGAAAUGUGGUGGUGGUUGUCCAAUAUAGUCCGUAUUAAGCUUUCGUGUGUGUAUGUUACACUAGAAACUGUUUGUUUGUUUUUGUUGGUAGCUGAAAGUAAUAAUUACUUUGUUUCCUAAAGAGAAAAACUGACACGCUGAAAUCUUUUAAGCAUUCUACGUUGGCAGAGACGCAGGUUAAGCUUAUCCCAAAGCGAAUUUCCACAACAAUGACUGUUCUUCUUUUGAUCCGAGCUGACUGGUGUUUAGGAAAUUACAAGGCACCCGGUGUGAGUGACAGGGUUUUAUGAGGCUAAAAGGUUUUCAGUUCAUCAUGAUACUCUCAGAUUCGAAACACUGGCCAAUCUCCUCUAUUGUCUCUUCCCUCAAAAGCUCCAUGUUAAAAAGACAAAUAAUUUAAAAUGUUUGCUUGAUAUUGAGAUAGUGACCCUUCAUUUGCCCUAAGAAAAACUUUCUUUUGUUCAAUUGAAAAUUACAAGCUUGGGGAUAUAUAUACUUUUGGGGUUGCAGCAGAAGAGAUGUUGAUGCUAAUCUACAAAGUCCUAUUGCUUAACUUUUCCACGGCAUAGAAAGCAGAUUUCAGUAAAGAAGAAACACACGAAGUGUUUAUGCACCUGUGUCUGAACGUGACAGAAAGGAAUGCAGGUAAAAAGACUUGAUAGUUUGUUUCGUAUUGUUUCAUAUGUUAUGUGGUAUAUAUAGCCUAAGGAAUUUUUUUUAAAGGUAGGCCUGAUCCUAGCCAGCGUGGCUCAGUGGU